CUGACUCAGCCUCACAGGAAGAGAAUGGUUUUGGACAUCAGGACUUGGGAGCAGACAUUUCAAAAUCUGAUCCAGGAAGUAAAACCCCGGACCAGAUGGACCCUGAGUCUAGAUAGGAACCUUCAGCUGGACUGCGUGGCCCCGGGGUGGAAGCAGCACCAGCAAAGGGCCUUUGGCUGGUUCCAGUGCUCCUUAUGCCGGCGACAUUGGGCGUCCGCCCAGGUGCACAUUCUGUGCCACCUGCACUGGGAAUGCCGGAUGGACCAGGGCCAGGUGGUUAUGCGACUCUUUGGCCAGAGGUGCCAGAAGUGUUCCUGGUCCCAAUAUGAGAUGCCUGAGUUCUCCACGGAGAGCACCACGACGAUUCUGAACAACUUGGUGCAGCAUAUUCUGAAGAGAUACUAUGGAGAUGGUGCCACGAAGUUUCCAAAGAUGUCAGUGAUCCCAGAGGUCCCUUUGGAAGGGUCCCAUGAUGCAGCCAACUGUGAGGCAUGUGCUCUGGGCAUUUGUACACGAGGCUUGCAUGGCUGUAUAGCAGAGCCAUUGGCGUGCCCACCCUCCUACUUGGAAAUUGAGAGGUCAUCACCUCGAAUUGGUGACAUGUACAUCCCAAACCAAUCCAUGAACCAGUCAGCUCAAGCAAAGGAGGCUAAGGGGACUGUGUAUAAGGGGUCAGUGCCCAGCCGUGACCAGGAACCACCGGUUGUCUUGGUCUGCAUUUUGCUGCUUAUCUUUUUUUUAAUAGUUAUCUGCUUUAAACGAGAAUGAUAAAUGUAGGCUUUCCUUCGUCUCUUCUCUGGUCUUAAGUCCAUGGUAAUCAUUUUAAUAUGACAGAGAAUUUGCUUUGAGACCAAGCAGGAUCAAGUUUGUAGAAUAAGCACUAGUUUCCUAGAUACCCUCUGAAAAUAGUUUGAAACAUGACAAAGCACAUAAUGGACCAAAUAAUAAUAUCUGUUGAAUCACUGGAAGGUCUUCAUUUCUUCAUGUACUCAUUUCAUUUGUAUGAUAAAAGUAGAGAACACAUCUUGAUGAGAACUGAGGAUCGUGAGCACUAUCAGAAGGUGUGGUAGGCCGAAUAAUCAGAAAGUGUGGUAGGCUCCCCAAAAUGUGCAUGUCCUGAACCCUAGAAGCUGUGAGUAUGUUACUUUACAUGGCAGAAUGGACCUUUGCAGAUGUGAUUAAUUUAAGAAGCUUGAGAUAGGUAGACGUGCAUUAUCCAGGUAGAUAAUAACAAGGGUCUUCGUAAGCGGGGGGUAACAGGAUCAAAGUCAGAAAAGGAGAUUUGACCAGGGAACUGGAGGUUGGAGUGACAUGUUUGGAAAUUGAAGGAAGGGACCCCAGCCCGAGAGUAUAGGCAGACCUCAGAAUCUCCUCUGGAGUCUUCAGAAGGAGCCUGCCCUGCCAGCACAAGACUUUGGCUCAGUGAUCUUGGACUUCUGACAUCCAGAAUUGCUAGAUAAUAAAUCUGUCUUG